AUGUCGAAAACCCUAACGACAAAACUGUAUCUGAAGCAGAGGUUAUACGGGCUGAAGAUGCAGGAGGGGACUGAUUUAGGGCAACAUGUGAAUAUCUUCAAUCAGGUUGUCACGGAUUUGGCUUCACUCGAAGUCAAGAUUGAAGAUGAAGACAAGGCGAUGAUUUUACUGUGUUCGUUACCUCCUUCUUACGAACAUAUGGUGACUACCCUUACAUAUGGGAAAGAAACGAUCAAGAAUGAGGAGAUUACUUCAGCGUUGUUGGCUCACAACCAGCGGAAACAGAAAUCUGGAGAGUCAUCUUCUCAAAGUGACAGUUUAUAUGUGAAGGGUAACCAGGAUCGUGGAAGGAAACAAGUGCGGGAUAAUUCAGGAAAUCGGAAUUUCAGAUCCAAGUCGCGAGACAAAUCGAAAGGAAGAAAAACUGUGACGUGUUAUAAGUGCAAGGAACAAGGGCACUUUAAACGGGAUUGCCCAAAGUGGAAGAAACAGACUGUUGAUAUGUCAUCCAAGUCUGCGAAUGUGGUACAAAAUGAGGAAUCCAAUUGCAGUGAUGGAGAUAUGUUAUCUAUUUCGACUACGAAGUAUGAUGAUGCUUGGAUUCUCGAUUCUGGAUGUUCAUAUCAUAUAACGCCUAACAGAGAGGGGUUUGCUACUUAUAAACCAGGCAACUCGGGUUCUGUUUUUCUUGGUGAUGAUAGAUGCUGCGGUAUUGUUGGUAUUGGAGAUGUCAAAAUCAGGAUAAAUGGUUUCAUUCCCAAGGCUGAUGAGGAUAGGGAAACCAUUAAGAUUGUGAAGGGUGCUUUGACUGUGAUGAAGGGGAGGAUCACUGCAGGGAACAUUUACAAACUGUUGGGGAAGUACAGUUGUGUGAAGGGAUACAAGUUUUGGGAUCCAGUUGAGAAGAAGACGGUGAUUAGUAGAGAUGCAGUUUUUUAUGAACAGUCUAUGUUGGGAUCAGAUGCAUAUAAGGUACAGGUGGAGUUGGAACAUGUGCCAGCAGUUCUUGAUAAGGGGGAGAGUUCGAGUUCUGCACCUGAUGAUGUUGAUCAUGAUGUUUCAGGCCCAACUGAUGUGCCAGAGAGCUACAAGUUAGCUCGGGAUAGAGUGAGGCGUACCAAUAUACAAGCUCCGGAAUUUGAGAUGAAGGAUUUAGGGGCUGCGAAGAAGAUUCUUGGGAUGGAGAUUCACAGGGAUAGAGGAUCAAAGAAGUUGUGGUUAUCUCAGAAGGGUUAUGUGGAGAAGGUGCUACAGAGGUUUGGGAUGAAUGAAGCAAAACCGGUCAGCACUCCAUUAGCAAACCACUUCAAGCUUUCUGCUGAUCAGUGCCCCAAGUCGGACAAGGAGACUCACGAUAUGGUGGAGAUACCUUAUGCCAGUGUUGUUGGAUGUCUGAUGUAUGCCAUGGUAUGUACUCGUCCUGAUUUAGCUCAUGCUGUUGGUCAAGUUUGCAAGUAUAUGUCAAGGCCAGGAGAAAAUCUGGUCGAACCGUUGGAGUCGCGAAGUGUUCACAAACGGAAUAAAUAUGGUUGGAGUCGGCGAGGUGUUCACGGAAGGAUAUGUGACCGCUCGGAGAAUUUCGAUCUUGUGGGACGGUAA